AUGUCGCCCACGGCGGCCGCCCCCACCCCGCCGCCGUCCUCGCCCACGGCGGCCGCACCACCCGGCCGCCGACCUCGCCCACGUCGGCCGCACCACCCCGCCGUUGACCUCACCCCCGGCGGACGCCUUCCUCCACAUCCUUCUGACCCCAAGGCUGAGGUCGUUCCCGUCUAUCUCCCCUGUGUGUGCGCGUACAUCGUCGGCAAGCGUGAGGAGGGGUUGCCGCAGUUGCUUCUUCGCCUUCUCCCAUCUCACGUCCCCAUCGCCGGACGCCUCGCCACGUCUCUCACCUUGCCCCUCUCCAUGGUGCAUCGCGGAACUAUUUCUGGAGGCCGUCGCCACCGCAUUAGUUGCCGGAUGGUCUUCCCCUGCUCCAUUGCGCUGCUUUCAGGAGACAAUGAGUCCGGAACAGAUGAGUGAGGAUCAUAACUGGAUGGUUUCAUAGUUGGAUUUCUACCAGUCCAACAGAUUCAUGUCAUCUGGCUAUUUUUCUGGGAAGAUGAUUCGUCUAUGUUAUCUUCAAGGACGACGCUAUGGAUGAUCACAUCGGCAAUGGCAUCACUCGAGUUUGCAACAUGACUGAGAACAUGAUGAUAACAACUAUGCAUCCGGAGGAGGAUCUCACUAGUCCGUUUGCACUUCAACUAAUGAGCGACAAUCGUAUGGUAUUUUGUUGCAGCAACUGUUAUAUGGAAUAUGAUGGAUGAGAAAUAGUAAAAUGAUGCGUAUGUAUGUGAUGCUGCUGAUCAUGAAUCUAGGUGACUUAGAAGUGUGUGUGUGUGUUUUGUUUCAUUGCCCUGUGCAAUGCGAUGGAUCAGAAUCAGAGUGGUUUCAUGUAUGCGUAGAAAUGUUUUUGCUUUUGAGCAAGUCCAUGUACAAAUUCUCGUAUGUCAAUUGCUGGAUGUUGAAACAUAGUUUAAUAUAUCGGUAUGUACGUAAACACUGAUUUUGGACGGCUUUCCUAAUAUAUGGGCUAUUGGAUGUA